AUGACGACGCUGCACAUGGACCCGCCGGCGCCGCCCGCGCGGCGGUCGGUGUCGACCAGCUGCGACCUGCACCCGGGCGAGGCGUUCACCGGCUUCUGCGCCGCGUGCCUGCGCGAGCGCCUCCAGGGUCUCGAGGCGUCCGCCGCCGCGGCAUCUGCGCCGGGGCGUAAGUCCACAUCCGCCAUCCGGUCGCUCUUCGCCAGGCCGUUCGCCGCCGGCAGCUCGUCUGCGUCCGGCCCCGCCGAGCCGCCGGACCUCCGGCGGUGCAAGUCGUUCUCGUGCGGCCGCGGCGGGGACGCUCUGGCCGCAGCGGCAGCGGCGGCGGCGGCUGCCGCCAGGGCGGACGAGCCGCAGCGGCGUUCGUGUGACGUGCGGGGGCGCAGCACGCUGUGGGCGCUGUUCCAUCAGGACGACCGUGACCGCGUCCGCGACGGCACGGCGUUCGGCGCGUUCCCGGCCUCCUCAUCGACCGCCGCGGCUGCCCUCGCCGUCGACGUACAUCCCCCACCGCAGGCACCGUGCAUCCCUGACGAUUUCUUGGACGAGGACAUCCCAGUGGUCAUGGAGCCCGACGAGAUAGUCCCGGUGGUCGAGGAAGACCCCGUCGUCGUCCCGAUGGACAUUUCCGGCGAGGUGGAAGCCGAAGGCAAUGUGGCACAGGGAGGUAAGGCCAUCAAGGAUCACAUCGAUCUCGAGUCGGCGCAGACCAAGAAGGCUUCGCCCAAAGACCUGAAGGAGAUCGCCGGAAGCUUCUGGGUCGCCGCCUCCGUGUUCAGCAAGAAGUGGCAGAAGUGGCGGCGCAAGCAGAAGCUCAAGAAGGAGGCUGCCGUGAGCAAGGCCGCGGCAGCGGCAAUGCCUCCUCCGGUGAAGCCCUCCAAGCCAUCGUUCCUUCGCCGGAGUCGCUUCCGUGGGGAGGCAGGCUCCGAGCUCGCCGGUGGCCGGCGCUCGUGCGACACCGACCCGCGUUUCUCCCUGGACGCGGCGCGCAUGUCCAUCGACGACGCCGGCUUCUCAUGGGACGAGCCCCGCGCGUCCUGGGACGGGUACCUGUUCGGCGCCGGCGCCGGCAUUGGUCUCGGGCGCGCGCCUCCGCCGCUGUCCCGCCUCCCUCCCAUCCUGUCCGUCCUGGAGGACACACCGAUCGACAUCGUCGAGCGCUCCGAUGGCCAAAUCCCGGUCGAAGACGACUUUGACCCCGAGCCGCCAGGUGGGUCCUUGCAGACCAGAGACUACUACCUGGACUCCUCCAGCAGCAGGCGCCGGAGCCUAGAGCGUUCAAGCUCCGUACGCAGGCCGUCCUUCGAGGUCACGGAUCCAAGGCCGAUGCCGUCGGCGGUGAAUGGGAUUGGGAGGGAGUCCCCAAUCGGCGGUUCCGAGUUCUACCACUUCCACCACGCGGAGGACCUGCUGGACUGCGGCUUCAGCUCCAACUCGCUCAUCGAGGACAUCUCCGCGAGCCUGGAGGCGGCACUGUCCGGUCCCGUCAAGAAGCCGCGCCGGUGGCGCAAGGCGUGGAGCCUCUGGGGGCUCAUCCACCGGCGCGCCGCCGGGCGCAGGAGCGGGGAACCGUCCGACAUCGCCGACCGCUCGUUCUCCGAGCCGUGGCCGGACCUGCGCGUCCGCGGAGCCAACCCCAAGAUGCAGCGGUGCAACAGCAACCUGAGCGCGCGCAGCUCGUUCAGCAGCAACAGCGGCGGGCUCGGCAGCUCCAGGCGCAGCUACGUGGACGCCAACGGCCACGUGAGGCGGAGGGAGGAGCCGCACGCGCAGGCGCAGGUGGAGCGGAACCGCAGCGCGCGCUACUCGCCCGGGCGCGCCGCCCCGGACAACGGCAUGCUGCGGUUCUACCUGACGCCGAUGCGGAGCGGCAGCGGGCGGCCGCGCGGAAGCGGAGGCGGAGGCCUGCCGAGCAAGGCCGGGCCCGGGCGGCCGCUGGCGACGCGGUCGUUCCCGCGCAGCGUGCUCCGCCUGUACUAG